GUAUCUGGACAUGCGUCCGGGGCGUCUAUCAUCGCAAUCACAGUCGUCUUCACGGUUCUGGCGGGAUUCUUUUGCGGACUGCGACUAUAUGCCAGGUGCGCGGUUGCCAAAAACACAGGCGUAGACGACGCUCUGAUUCUUGUCGCCUUGAUCUUCGCAAUCGCUACUACAGUAUGCAUGAUUAUACAAGUCGAAACGGGAAUGGGUAGACAUGAAUGGGAUAUUGAACUACAUGAGUCCAUCGCGAAUCUGAAAGCGUUCUACGUGUCGAUCUGGGUGUACAACAUCUCCAUGACAUGCACGAAAGUGUCCAUCCUCUUUCAGUACCUCCGCAUAUUUCCACACCAGCGAUUUCGAAUCGUGACCUGGACGUUAAUGGCCGUUAUCAUCGUCAUCGGGCUUUAUGUCUUCCUCACUGCUGUCUUCUCCUGCUGGCCAAUCGCGUUUUUCUGGGAUCAUACCAUCCAAGGCGGCAAAUGUUUGCCACGCUUCGCAAUAUGGUUUGUGAACUCUAGCCUUAGCAUCGCCACCGACAUCGCCACCGCCGUUCUCCCCCUACCCAUGAUCAACAAAUUAGAACUACCUAAACGGCGGAAAAGAGCCCUGAUGCUCGUCUUCGCUCUAGGAGGCUUCACUUGUGUAAUCUCCAUCAUUCGACUCCAAUCACUGUACGUGAUCGCGAACACCAAGGACGUAAGCUGGAAUAACGGCCUAGCGGCCAUCUGGAGUAACGUCGAAAUGAACACUGCAAUCCUCUGCUCCUGCCUUCCAACAGUCCGAUGCGUC